AUGUUAUAUAACUCCGAUGAGUUGACUCGCCGGACAUUGUGUUUUCCGGCAGUAAAGCCUUGUGAAUCAGUUUCCCAAACUACCCUCGUCAACUCUUUACUUUCUCUGUCCAAAAGAAUCUCCAACUUUAAGCCUCCUAACUUUGUUUUCACCUCUAACAAGAGAAAUGCCAAGAAUGCACUUCGCCUAAUCCAACUUCUUAAUCUUUUCUUACAAGGGGUAAGUGAGGUUGGCGCGUGGGGGUCUUAUAAGGUGGGUAAAUCAGUUAUUUCACCUUUGUUAGACCUCCACGUGGCGCUUCAGAAGCUAAACUUUCUAAUGCAAGACUGCACGCGCCAGGACGCGCGUGUGUGGAUGCUCAUGAAGUCGAACUCGGUGGGUCGUCACUUUCGGGCUAUUUUCGAAGAAGUAGGUGCUUCUUUGAAUGAUCUCCCCUUGGAUGUUGUUGGUGCUUGUGAUGACGAAGUGAGGGAGUUGGGGUUGUUUUUAAUCCGGAAAGUUAACGAGGCCCACUUUGAGGCCCAAAGGGAGGAUGUUUGGGCUUCAAAUCUGGUUAAAUCGGCUUUGUACCGGUUUGAGAGUCGGGUCAUACCCGACCCGAGUGAGCUCAGGUGGGUCAUGGACUACUUGAGUAUCAAGAAGUGGGUGGACUGUAACAAUCAAGUCAAGUUCCUCGAGGAGGAAGUCGGGUUUGGUUCAGGGCCGGCUGCUAGGUUGUUAGGUCUUAUGGUGUAUUGCCGUUGUGUGCUAUUUGAUCACAUUGAUGGUGAUGUUAGAAGAGUUGAGAGCAAGAAAUGUUACUACAAUAUCGGUUGUUUGAACCCGGAUGAUAUCACAUGCCCGAUUUCACUAGAGAUCAUGGUGGAUCCGGUUACAAUCUCAACGGGUCAAACAUAUGAAAGGGUCAACAUUGUAAAGUGGUUCAAAGAGGGCAACCCGGUUUGUCCAAAAACGGGUCAAAUGGUCCAAAACUUAGAUUUGGUUCCUAACUUAGCUCUCAGGGAGAUCAUCAAGCAAUAUUGUUUUGAGAAUGGGGUUACCUAUCCCAUUCCCAAAAACAAGGGAGAACACAAAAUGAGUAACACUAACGGCGCGGCGGUGAUAUUAGCCGCCGAAGAAGCUACAAAAAUGGUGGCUGAUUUUUUGUCACUUAAGCUAGCAAUGGGAACAAUGAUAGAGAAAAGUAAAGCAGCCUAUGAAAUUAAGCUACUUACUAAAAGGAGUGUAUUCAACAGGGCAUGUUUCAUGGAAUCCGGGGCAAUCUCAUACUUAUUGAAUCUUCUUUUAUCCAAAGAUUCAACUACCCAAGAGAAUUCCAUGGCCGCGUUGUUGAAUCUCUCAAAACACCCCGAAAUCAAGCCCGUCAUUGUUAACAAUGGAGGGUUGACUUUGGUUGUUAGAGUGCUUAAAAACGGGAUCAAGAUGGCGGCAAGACAACAUGCUGCCGCCACCUUGUUUUAUCUAUCCUCGGUGGAAGAACACCGAGGAUUGAUUGGAAACAACCCGGAUGCAAUCCCUUCGUUAGUGGAAUUGAUCCGGGAUGGGGAUGAUCAAGGGAAGAAAAAUGCCCUAGUCUCCAUCUUUAGUCUCCUAAUUCUCCCAAAUAACCAUUAUAAGGUGUUAGAGGCUAAACUUGUCCCUCUUCUUGUAACCCUCUUAGAAACUUCUUCAACUAGGGAAGAUCUUGUUGUUGAUUUCUUGGCAGUGCUCACAUCUUUAGCUGAAACUCCCAAUGGGGCUAGGGAAAUUCGGCAUGUUAAGGCCGUAGAUGUUGUCGUAAGGAUCUUAUGCUCGCCUUAUUCCGAGUCUUGUAGGCUCGGAAGGGAGCAUUGUGUGUCGUUCUUGCUUACAUUGUGUACAAAUUGUGGGAGAGAAGUGGUCGAGGUUUUAGUAACGAACACUUCUCUAAUGGGAGCUUUAUACUCCCUUCUCGCCGAUGGAACUACAAGGGCUAGCAAGAAAACUAGCUCGCUCAUCGGUAUUUUACACGAGUUCUCGGAUAGAAGCUCAAGUCGCUCCAUCCCUCGUGCUUUACCACACGAAAAUUUUAUUCAUGUGUGGUAAACUUAA